AUGGCGAUUCUGGCCAGAGUGAACACCGGUGACAGGUUUCACCUUUUUGGUGUGACACAAUCUACUGUAUGUGUAUUUUGUCAGUACCAUAAUGAAGACCAUAACCAUCUUUUCUUUGAGUGUCCAUUCUCGGAACGUGUGUGGUCUUGUAUUAAAGGUAAAAUCAAUGUUGAUUGGCCAUCCCUCCUUUGGGAUGAUUUGAUCCAGCUCAUUGCUAAAUCUGUGAAAGGGAAUUCCUUAGGGACUAUUAUUACCAAGCUUGCAUUUACUUGUACUGUGUACCAGUUAUGGGUUGCUAGGAAUAAUAGAGUGUUUAGUAAAGAUAUGGUCCCUGAAGAGGUUGUUAUAAAGCGUAUUGUGGAUAUGGUUAGAUUCAGGGUAAUGGCUGAUGGUAUCUUAGCUCAUGGAAAUUGCCUCAUACUAUGCUGA